AUGCCCCCGAAACCUUUUCCAACGCGGCAUUUGCACACUCUCAAAACACAUAAUGGCGCGGUCAACGCGGUCACCUUCUCCAGCUCCCCUGGCACCUACGUCCUAACCGGCUCCUCGGACCGCGCUAUUCACCUCUCGCGCGCUGUUCCGAGCAAUGCGGAAAACUCUGCGACGCCGGUAGAAACAACUACCCCGAUUCAGCGGUACGAGGCACACGGCUACUCAGUCCUUGACGUAGCCGUCGCUGCGGACAAUGCGCGGUUUGCCAGUGUGGGAGGCGAUCGGCAGGUCUUUUUAUGGGAUGUAGAGCAGGGAGGCACUACCAGGCGAUGGACUGGUCAUAACAGCAAAGUCGAGGCUGUGCAGUUUGCGGGAGAGGGUGAUUCGGUGGUUGUUUCUGGUAGUGCAGACACUACGAUUAACCUGUGGGAUACUCGGUCCAACGCCAACAAGCCUAUCCAGACUCUUACCGAAGCGAGUGACACCGUCUCGUCUCUACAUGCGAAUAUGUCUACGUACUCAAUUGCCAGCGGGAGCUACGACGGGCAUGCCCGGGUCUACGAUGUUCGCAUGGGCAAGACAACGGUCGACGUGCUGGCGCACCCUGUGACGAGUGUGCGGUGCUCGGCAGAUGGCAAUGCUCUAUUGGCAACUACAUUGGACAGUUAUAUCCGACUACUGGAUCGCACAGACGGACAGCUCCUCGCAGCUUUCGGUGGACCAUCUAAAAAGGAUGAACCUCUUGUGCAGGCUAUCUUCAACAAGCCCCGCCAUACUUAUCGCAACACCGAGUUGCGAGUACGAUCUGUCUUUGCGCAGGGCGAUGCAGUGGUUCUCAGUGGCAGCGAAGCUGCUCCCAAGGGAGAUGGCGUUGCCUCUGGGGCUGCUGUUUUCGCGUGGGAUAUCUUGACUGGCAAGAAUGUUGCUACAGUGCCAAUGGGCGAAGAUGUCAAGGCCGUGAGCUGCGUGGCGUGGAACGAUAAGGGCUACUGGGCAGCUGGAUGUGCGGACAGUACGGUGAGGGUCUUUGGUUGA